AUGAAUUACGGUAACAAUAACAUGAACGCUGUGGGCUUUAACGAAGGUGAUGACGACAGAAGUACGUACGUCAGAAACCAGUACAUGUCUAACAUAAACGAAUCUGCAUCGUACAACAAUCAAGGGAAAAACAUGCAGAUGGAGGAUAAUACUAAUCCACACAUGUUUAACCAAAUGAGAAACAAAAGGGAAGUAAGCAACAACGUGAUGACCGCCGGAGGAAAUGCAAACCCUGGAAACAGAACUUUUUACGAAGGAAAUGUGAACAACGAUGGUUACAUGAUGGGAGAGGGUGCGGUAAGGAGUUCAGAAAAUGGCAUAACCGGAGCAGGUUAUGUAAACUAUUCAGAUAAUGGCAACAACAAUAAUAGCAGUAGUAACAACAAUAAUCAGAACAACAACAAUGUGGGUGGAGGAAAUCAAGAGAGUUAUAAGAAGAAAUUCGGGAAUAACAACUAUCAUGAAAACACAAAUAACGAGAAGAACCCCGCAGGAAUGUCUCCACACCAUCAACAUAAGAAAGGAGGUGUAGGAGGCGGCGGCGGAAAUUUCAUGGAUAGAGGUAACAUGAAUAAAAAUAAAAUCGAAAGCGGAAUGAUCUCGAGCAAUAUGCGAACUAAUACCGCCAACGACCCAAGUAACGACAACAACAAUAAUAACAAUAAUCAGAACAAUAACAGUAAUUACAAUUAUGAGAAGCCAAGAUAUAAGCCACCCAUGCUUAGAAAUCAACCAAACACCAACAGAAGUAACUUUGGAAGAAUGAAUUAUAAUAGAGGAUCAGGUGGAGGAGGAAAUCCAGCCUUCGGAAGAAAUUAUAACAUCCCAAAAACAGCAUGGGCGAAUAGAGAUAAUAGAAGAUAUUACCCAGAAAAAGAAGAAGAAGUAUAUUCCAAUGUGAAGAAUGAAAAGGGAGUAAAUUUCGAUUUGUAUGAUAGUAUUCCAGUGGAAAUCAAGGGAUACAAUAGCGAAAAUAUCAUUCCAAUAGAUAAUUUCGAUGACGUAGGAUUAAAUUUGCAUGAAAUAUUGUUAGCAAAUAUUAAGAGAGUAAAUUACGAUAAAACAACACCGAUACAGAAAUACAGUUUAAGUAUCAUUAUGAACAAAAAUGAUUUAAUUGGGGUUGCCCAAACAGGAAGUGGAAAAACGGCAGGAUAUCUAUUACCCAUCAUUAAUCAUAUGUUAUUAAAUGAUCCACCUAAACAUACUUUCUAUGAAGAAAAUCAAAGAAGCUCAAGCUAUUAUUAUAACAGAGUUUGCUUACCCGUAUGUUUAAUUCUAGCCCCCACAAGAGAAUUAGCCGUGCAAAUUUUUUAUGACUCCAAAAAGUUUUGCUUCGAAACGGGAAUUAAGCCAGUGGUUCUAUACGGAGGUAGCAAUAUCAAAAUGCAGCUAUCGAAUUUGGACAAAGGGGCCGAUAUAAUUGUUGCAACUCCAGGAAGAUUAAACGAUAUUUUGGAGAAGGGAAAAAUUAAACUCUUCCUCACUUCCUUCUUAGUUCUAGAUGAAGCAGAUAGAAUGCUAGACAUGGGAUUUUCUCCACAGAUAAGAAGCAUAAUGUAUGACUAUGAUAUGCCAGGAAAUGAUAACGAAUCACGAAUGAACCCAAACAAAAUGGAAUACAAACGAUACACCAACGAAAUAGUGAAAAGACAAACCAUCAUGUUUAGUGCCACUUUUAGGAAAGAAAUACAAGUGCUAGCCAAGGAGUAUUUAUACAAUUAUACCUUUUUAUUAAUCGGAAAAGUUGGAAGUACAAAUGAAUAUAUCAAACAAAAUUUGAUAUACAUAGAGGAAGAAAACAAAUGUAACUACCUACUAAAAUUGUUAUCAGAAAAUAACAACGGCCUAACUAUCAUUUUUGUGGAAACGAAGAGAAAAGCAGACAUUCUAGAAAGAUUCCUUAACAACCAAAAAUUAAAUGCCGUAUGUAUACAUGGGGACAAAAGCCAAGACGAAAGAGAGAGAGCUUUAAAAUUAUUCAAAAGAGGAAUAAAAAAUAUGUUAGUAGCAACAGAUGUGGCUGCUAGGGGUCUGGAUAUAUCCAAUAUUAAACAUGUUAUUAAUUUUGACCUACCGAGCAAUAUAGAUGAUUAUAUUCAUAGAAUAGGUAGAACAGGUAGAGCUGGAAAUAUAGGAAUUGCUACCUCGUUUGUUAAUGAUGACAACAGGAACAUAUUUAAAGAUUUGUUAGCGACGUUAGAAGAAUGUAACCAAGCCAUACCACCCUGGUUUUUGAAUUUGGUUAUGAGGUACACAGCAAGUGCGAAAUCGAACCGAACUUUUAGAUACAAUAAGCCUAUGAAAGGAGGUAGGGGCAAUUUCUCCAGAUUUAACAACAAUAGUAACUUUGGAUUUGGCCACAGUAAUAACGGUAUGAACAGUAAUCACGGUGGAAGCGGCAACAACCCAUUUAAUAAUAAUUCCUACAACCAGCACUCCCCAUUCAGUAACAACAACCCGUACAAUAAUAACAAUCAACACGCCAUUGGCAACAACGGAGGAUUCUCCAGCUCCCCCUUUAAUAAUAACAACACUGGCAUGUAUGGGAACAGUGGAUUUAACAACAAUGGUGGAGGUAGUCCAUACGGAAACAACUCUGGAGGAAUGAAUCCAUUCAACAACAACGGCAAGUUUAACAAUAACUAUGGACAUAAGAAGUUUGAUGAUGAGAGAUUCCAGAGAUCUAAUUUUCAGGGCGCGGACGAUAAUGUAGACGGUUGGUAA